ACCCCCGAACCGCCAACGAUCCCUCUUCCGCCCGGCGCUAGGUGAACGGGCGGGGUAGGAGAGCACCGCUUCCGCGUUGGUGAGCGGCGUAGGCCUUGACGUCACUGCGCCCAGACGUCAGGCCGACGUGCGGCCCGGUCUCCCGGGAGACCGGGAAAGCCGUUUCGCAUCUGGUAGCAUCGAGGUGUAGCUUAUUUUACUUCAGAGGUCCCUCAGCAUAUUUUGAGAAAUUAUGGAUCGUCACAUUCCUAUAUAUGAGCUACCUGAGGAAAUCCAAAAGAUGUACCCUGAAGAAAAAGUUUGUAAGUACUGUGGAGUCAGCUAUCUAAUUCUUCAUGAGUUUAAGGCUAUGGAAGAAAAAGUGGAAGCAAUGGAAAAAGAGAUGAAAUUUUAUCAAGGAAGUGUAGAACGUGAAAAGAGACUUCAAGAAGAGCUACAGUCUCUUAGACAAGAUUUCGAGCACUACAGAAUUGACAGUGAAUCCCAAAUAGAAAGAAUUCAACAUGCAAGCAUGCAGUUAAAAAGUCAACAAAGUGAAUUUCAGAGAGUACAGAAAGAACUGAGUCAGUCUCAAGAAGAGUUAAAAAUUAAACAGAGACAAUCACAAAUCUUGAGGGAGCUAACCAGUAUUAAAAAUGAAGUAUGUGAUAAUUUUCAAAACUGGACUUCACUGAAAGGAGAAGUUUUUCUACAAAUUAAAUACAUAAGUGAAACAGCCUUGACAGAAAUAGAGAUACUAAAUAAAAGUUUGACUGUGUCCCAGAGAAAUAAGGUAUGCCUUGAAGAGGAAAUGAAAAAUAUGAAACUGUUGUCAGAUGCAGCGAUAUUGAGGUCUAAGCAGAUUGAAACAUCCAAACAACAGGAAGUAAACUUGCAAACCAGAUGCCACAACUUGCAAAAAGAAGUACUAGAUUUACAAUGUCAAGUAGAGGCCCUUGGGCUCAGACUUCAGAAGGCCACGGCCAAGUUGGACAACUAUAAAGAAAAACUCAUGAAUAAAUAUAAUGAAGCUGAUGACUGUCAAAGAGAACUCAGAAAACUGAAGUUUGAAUCCAUUAUUUCUGAGUCACGACACACUAAAUUGCUUAAAGAAAAAGAAGACUCUUUAGUGGCUAGUCAACAAAUACAUAAAACUUUACAGGAAGAACUAACUGCAAAAGAAAGGCAAAAAGAAGACAUAAAAAGAAGAAUUACCCUUGCAGAAAAUGAACUAGAGAGAACCAAAACUCUUCUGAAUCAGACAAAGGAAGAGGUUGUAACACUGAAAAGUGAAAGGGAACUGAUGCUGAUUUCACAUCAGAAAAGCAUCCAGCAACUAGAGGAAACUCUUAGACAGAAGCUGCUGAAUGAUGAUAAUUGGAGUGAGAAGACUGAAGCUGAACUUGCCAGGGAAAGAGCCCGACAUUUAGUUGAAUUUGAGGAGCAAGCUCUUCUCUUUAAGGAAGAAGCUAAACUGGAACUUGAUAUUGAAAAAGAAAAACACCAAGAAAUAAUCCAGAAGCACAAGAAAGAACAAGAGGAACUACAAAUGAAGAUAUCUGACUUAAUCGCAGGCGCUACUAGAGAUCUAAGGCUGGAAGUGGCCACUCUUGAAGAAAAACUCCAUGAGUCCCAUAUCCAACACACUGAAGAUUCCGAGUCAAAAAAGAAAGAAAUUGAAAGCCUUAAAAAUUUGGUUGCAGAAUUUGAAUCUCACUUGAAGAAGGAAGUUGACAGUAAUGAUUCCAUUUCAGAGGACUUGAGGAAGGAAUUGCAACAGAAGUCAGAUGAGCUGGGAAGAGCAAUGCUGGCACAGGCAGAACUUCUGCAGAAACUUAACCAGUCCCAGGAAGAGAAUGCUUUUCUUCAGGAAACAGUGCGUAGAGAGUGUGAAGAACGCUUUGGACUGACGGAGGCUUUGAGUCAAGCCAGAGAACAGCUCCUGGAGCUCAGGAAGCUGGGUGGAAGUUUACCUUUGUCCCCAUGUUCCCUCAGCCAGGGCAGCCUGACCUCCUCUGCAGCAGCAGUCAGCAACCAAGGAGGGAGAAGCCUCGCAAGACUGAACUCUGAGAAAAGAAUCAAAAUCCCCAGCCUGCACGGAGUGUCAAAACCCACUGCGACGCCAGGCUCAGCUCAGCCCAAGAGGGCCAGCAGCUCAGCACUGCCAACUCUCCCCCAGCCCCAUUCUCCCAGGGGUGACACAUCUUCAGUAAACAAGACUAGGCAAAGACUGGCUGCUGUUCUGUGGCGGAGACUGAGUGAGCAGUGACCGAUCCAGUCAGGAGCAGCUCCACCAGGGAUGCUGGGCCUUUCUCAGAGGGCCAGACUCCCUGUAACUGAGGAUGACAAGCAUCAAAUUAUUAUCACAGAUCAAGAAUGCAUGUCUAGAGAUAUUUUGUAACAUGAUAAUUGGAAAAGCUAGGAAAUUGUGGCUCCACAUUUUCUGAGAAGCCUUUGAAAUUGCAACAGAUAAUGAAGUUGUUGGUAUUCCAGAGGGCCAACUUCUCGAUUUAUGGAUUGUGUAUUUAGAUGUGCUCCAGGAGUAUGCCCUUUUAGAGAUCAUAGGUAAAAUUUUCACCCAUAGCAUCUUUUUUUCCCCUUUUCUUUCUGCAGCAUCACAAGCAGAUAUAUUUCCACAAAGAACAGAUUGUAUUCAUUUUGUUGGCGUUAAUUUCUUUGUUGAGCUGAAUAGGUUAAAUAGAUAAACUUAGUAUUCCAAAUACAUACUGGAAAUACAUUAGUCCUUAAUUCAAUCAUUUCCAAAAUGCUUAGUUCAAAUACUCAGAGUUCAUCAUCAUUAAAAGCUUCUCCUUUUCUUCUCACAAACUCAAUCAUUUUUUUUCUUUUUAGGCUAAGGCAGCAGCAUUGAUAGGUAACCUCCAGGAAGAAAGUUUCCCCUGUGAAGCUAGGGGACCUUCUAAAAAAAGGAACAGCAACUCCAAUUCAAGAAAAAUGUGGUUUACUUCUCAAACUAUCGAGAUCACGUCAGAAAACAGCCUGGCUGUGAAGUUAUUACUUGGUGGAUAUUUUCUACAUUGAAUACUUUAUGGUACUCAGGUUUUGAUUUGAACUUGUAUUCUUGAGCCAUUUGGAAGAGAACUGAUACAAGGCAGUUUCAUAGAGGCACGUAGGGCUAAUUUGGAGUUCAAAUUUUAUUACCCUUA